AUGGCGCGCAGCCCGUUCCUCGCGUAUUUCUCCGCGGCCCGGCGGCAGGUGGGCGGCGUAGCCCAGCGCCUGGCGCUCUCCGCCACGCUCCGCCGGGCCCCGGGCGCUAGCUCUGGGCGCGCGUCCUGGGUUAUCAGCGCCCGGAGCGCGCCAGAGCGCCGCCGCUGGGCGCUUGCGCGGGGCGUGUGGCCGUGGCCGGGGUCUCCGCUGCAGCUCAAGCUGCCGCCGCCGCCUCAGUCAGUCAGUCAGUCCCCAGCAAUGGCGGAAGGAGGUGAGCGAGAGGACCUGCUCUCGCCGCCGCCCGUCUCUCCGGCCAAACGGCUGUGCUCGUGGCCCAGCCCGCAGGCUCACCACCCGCGGGGCUCACCAGGGACAGCCGGCGGAGGGGUGGGGGGCGUAGGCAGCAGCUGCCUGGCCCCCGGGGCCCGCCCCCACCUGCAGCCCGAGUCCUUGCUGGACUGCGCCGCCAAGACGGUGGCGGAAAAGUGGGCGUACGAGCGGGUGGAGGAGCGCUUCGAGCGGAUCCCGGAGCCCGUGCAGCGCCGCAUCGUCUACUGGUCCUUUCCCCGCAGCGAGCGGGAGAUCUGCAUGUACUCCAGCUUCCAGUACCGGGGCGGCUCCGGCGCCGGC